AUGGACUUUGUCCGUCGUCCUGUGGACGGCAUCGCCCAGAGCGAGAACUUUCCAGUCGGAGGGUUUCGCCUCAUGGUGGCGCUCGUCGGCUGCAUCGUUGUGGCUCCACUUAUCCACUUGAUGCGUGGCGAGACUUCCCGCCAUAUGUUUAAUGUGGUGGUAGGUCUCUUUGUUGGUGUCUUCGUCUUCGACAUCGCAGUGCUGCAUACUAUAGGCACAUCAGUUGCCGUAUACGUGCUAAUGAACGUGGCGCCAAGGGAAAGCGUUGGGCGUCUUGUGCUAUCGCUGCUGCUGGUGUAUCUCGUUGGAAUCCAUUACUACCGUGAAUUUCACAGUCCAGACAUCGUGUGGGACUCGGCGCAGAUGAUCUUGACGCUGAAGCUUGGCAGCGUCGCCAUCAACUAUAGCGACGGGGGUCUUUCUAAGGAGAAGAAAACGUCCACGAUGCUGCAGAAUGAGCUUCAGGAAAUCCCGGCGCUAAUUCCGUACUUUGGUUAUAUUUUCUUCUUCCCAACAUUUCUUGCUGGUCCUGCGUUUGAGUACAAGGACUAUGUUUACUGGAUGAAGGACAUUCAAGUUGCCCCGUUCAUGGCUCACCUCCGCAACCUAUUCAUAAUCUUGAUUUCGGCGGCAGGCUUCUUUGCAUCGCUGCAAUUCCCAGUUGACAAGAUUGACUCACCGGACUUUUAUAAGGAUUCUUCGUGGGCUGUGCGCUGUAUUCUUAUGUGCAUUCCUGUCGUCUUGUUCCGUUUUCGCUUCUACUUAGCGUGGUCGCUGGCCGAGGCUGCAAGUGCUGCUGCUGGCGUUGGCUACGUGCAGGCCACUGGAAAAUGGAAUGGAAUUACGAACAAUGAUCUUCUGUGCGUGGAGAUUCCUACCAAUUUCCGUGUUGCUAUUAAUAACUGGAAUAUUGGCGUUGCUCGAUGGAUCAACACUUACAUUUACCAGCGUGUCGGCCUAUUGAAGUCAGGAAAGCCUGGCCUGUUGUCCACGAUGGUUUCGUUUUUUAUCAGCGCACUUUGGCAUGGACUCUCACCCGGCUACUACUUGUUCUUUUUGUUGGGUGGCAUUUACAUUGAAGUCGGAAAGCACCUUCGUCGUCGCCUGAGACCAUACUUUCACUAUACGGAAGAUCGCAAAGCAUACCCACAUGCUGUCUUCAUGUCGUACUUUAGUGGUACCACCCACCCGCUGGCAUUCUUUUACGACAUCUCUGGUUUAUGCCUGACAUGGAUAGCGAUGCAGUAUGCCGGUGUAGCGUUUGAGAUCAUGGACGUGCGCCGAUGCCUGGCCAUAUGGAGCUCGUGGUACUUCGUUCCGCACCUGGUGAGUAUUGGCCUCCUGGCUUUUUUUAGCCUCUCUCCUCAGCGCGGUCCUGCACCGGAGAAGAUGAAAGGCGAGUAA